CAGCUCCUGAUCGAGAUUGAGCAAAAGGCCCAAUUCUGCCAGCAACAAAUGGUCAUUGUCAAGACCCAAAUGAACAGCAAAAACCGCGAGACCCGUAUGCUGCAAUUGACUGCCGCCGAGCUUGACGGUCUGCCAUCUGACGCCAACGUCUAUGAGGGUGUCGGAAAGAUGUUCGUCGCAAGCCCGAAGACCGACGUCAAGGUCCGCUUGACAAAGGACCAAGACGCAAUCAAGAAGGAUAUGGAGGGCCUGGACAAGAAGAUGCACUACCUGGAGACGACCUACAAGAACAGCAAGGACCACUUGGAUGCCAUCUUCAAGAACGGUGGAAGGUGA